AUGUCGCGAAAUACCUACACCGCCUUCCAACGACAUCUCCUGUUCUUCUCGACACCCACGAACCCACCGCGGGUGACGAUUCUUUCUGGAAUGCGAGCUGCCGCAUCUCUAGGUCUCGACUUUCCUGUUUGCGUCCUCCUUGGUGUCUCACUACGCAUAAUGUACGCGCCAUUUCCGAACGUCUUCUCGCCCAUCAACGUUGAACGGAUACCACGAUCGAAACACCGCGCCGAACUUAGCGAUGCGAGACUUGACCAACAAGAAUAUACAUGCUAUGAUUUGCUCAGAAUUCUUCCAUGUUUUUGGGCGAUGCCAGCGAGCACCAAGACGCAUACGGUAAGCCGUGACGACGUUGAGCGGUUUCAGCGCGGUGGCUGGGCAGAUAAGAUUGCGGAGAGGAGACGUGAAAGAGAUGACGUGUUGCCGCUGUGGAGGGGCGGACCUAUCAUCGUGAAUUGGCAUAGCUGGGCGAUAAGGAAGGUCUUGGGAGUGAGGGUUUACGAAGAGAAUCCGAAUAGAUGA